AUGUGUUCACUUCUUCGCUUUGGCACCCUUCGCUUCUCGCAACCGUUGAGUACUACUCAACAAACGGGCGUUUCCUGUUCUUCUCACUAUUACCUUCCUUUUAUUCCCCACACCCAAGGUCCCCAAGCUAUGCUAGACGAUAUGAACACCCUGAUUGAUUCGCUAAAGAAACGUACACUUGAACUGGAAAAACAGCUGUCCGCAAGCUAUGCGGACGUAGAUCGUAUCAGCUUGGAUCUGUGUAAACUCCGUAGUCGGCUGCUGGAAGAUGGUGUCAUAAAGUAUUUGGAGAGGCAAGCGUGA